UGAAGCGCCUGUGGUGUCCAAAAACACGCGGGGAAUCGACAUAAAUAGGAACCCCAUCGAUGCGGGGCAGCAUCAACGUGGGGUGGGUGUGUCGUCUGGGCGCAUCUUCCGUGCCGUUGCAGCAUGUUUUUCGACUCUUCAAGCUCCGAUGCAGUCUGGACAGCCGAAACAAAACCCAACACUGCCCAGCAUCCCUGCAUCAAACUAUGCCCUCGAUCCUGCACUGGGGAACUCGCCAACAGAAAACCAUCUCGGUGGUCCCUGCUAUGGAUUUGUGCGACCAAUGUGGCCAGAAGCCCAAAUUCCUCGAACUGGGAGGGGCCCAGCACCCAUAUUGCAGUCGCAGCUGUGCGAAGAAAGCCCAGGCGACGACGCAGCCCGAGAGCAGCAACACCCAGUAUCUCACAGCGUGUGUCUUACGUGGCUGCCGUGCCACCGGGAAGUCGGCGUUCGCAAACUUUUGCUCGGAUGAACACGGAAAACAGGGUGUUCAGAUGGGCCAAGCCGAGGCGUGCGAUAUGUGCCAGGUCAGCCCACGUGCGAUCGGCGACUUGUGUCUCCCCUGCGAACGCAAAUACCCCGGGCCACGACUGAGGGAAGUCAGUCCCUCGGCAACGAGCUUCAGGGAUGUGCGGGCCCAAUUCCUGAGCGAGUGGGACAAUCCCUCGGGCUCAAAACCCAAAGUGGAGAAGGUAUACCAGAUCUCCGUCCCCCGCGACAUCAAGGCUCGACACGAGUCGUUCCGCCGCUCCCAGCACCCGACGACCGAAAUCCGCCUCUUCCACAGCUCGCAAUGCAUCUGCGACCUCGGCACCAAAGGCCCUGCCCUCUGCAGUUUCCGCUCGUGCGGCAUCUGCAGCAUCGUCAAGUCGUCCUUCCACGAGUUUGCGUUCGGCGAAAAGGCUAACUGCGGCCGGUUCGGCGACGGGGUAUAUGCGUUCCGGAACCCGAGCCUCGCAGAUGGGCACUCGACGUCCGCGACGAGCACGCCGUAUCGAGUGAUGAUUGCGUGCGACGCGGCUGUGGCUUCGAAUGCGGAGAUCCCCGAUGAUUUGUCCGUCUUCAUUCCGCGGGCAGAGGCGAUUCUUCCGGCGUAUGUGAUCAUAUACACAGUCUAGUGGGGCUUGGUUCUCGCUUUAGUAUUUAUGGCUCGUGUGCUGGUCACGGGGAAGAAAGAGAGUGAAUAGAUGAGAUCCUGUUUCGGAAGAUCUUGGAGGAAAGAAGGCAAACACCGCUGCCUGUCCACCUAUAUUCGUC